UGAAAAGCUUUUUGAUAUUUGUAGAAUUCCAACAAUGCUGAUGGGAAAGUUAUCCUUAGGAAAGAGUUGGGAUUUGUUGGUGCAACUUCCAUCGUUGUUGGAUCCAUCAUAGGUUCAGGGAUAUUUAUCUCCCCGAAAGGUGUUCUCGAAAAUACAGGUUCUAUUGGACUAUGUCUCGUUGUGUGGACUGUGGCUGGAGUAAUCUCUCUUGGGAGUGGUUUGUGCUAUGCGGAACUUGGAGCAAUGAUUGGAGUCUCCGGUGGAGCUUAUACUUAUAUAAGAAUGGGAAUGGGAAACGUCAUGGCCUUUAUAUAUGUAGCAAAAGAACUUUUAGUUCGAAACUCCAUCGGUCUUCUGGUCAUGCUACUGACAUUCUCCAAGUAUUUGGUCUCCAUGUUACCGACGUGUGGCUCACCUCAACAUUUGGAGAAGAUGAUCGCAGCUCUAACUUUAGUGUUCUUGUUCCUGGUCAACAGUUACAGCUCAAAGCUGGCUACCAGGGUUUCAGUUCUGACCACUCUCGGCAAAGUGGCUGCACUGUUGGUCAUCUGUGUUGGUGGCGUGGUUGCAAUGGUGCAAGGGGUUACCAGUGAGCUGCCCAGUGGAUUUAGUGGUACAAAAAGUGAUGCCACCCCCAUCGCAAUGGCUUUUUACAACGCCCUGUGGGCAUACGGCGGGGCAUCAUUUCUAAAUUGUCUUGUGGAAGAAGUGAAGUCCCCUGACAAAAAUGUCCCUAAGUCCAUUGUGAUGGGCACUGUGCUUGUUAUUUUUAUCUAUGUUAUGACCAAUGUGUCCUACUUAGCUGUGAUGACCAGGUCUGAACUGCUCCAAUCAGAUGCGGUGGCUGCCUUGUUUGCUGACAGAGUGUUACGCAAUUUCUCAUUGUUGAUUCCAGUGGCUGUCAUGAUAUCAACACUUGGAGCGACCAACAACUCCAUGUUCGGAUAUAGCAGGGUUACUUUCGCGGCAGCCAGGGACGGCAACCUACCCGAUUGUCUCAGUUAUGUUCAUAUUACACAGUUCACUCCCUUUGCUGCAUUAGCUUUAACAGUCACUUUGACUUUACUGUACCUGAUACCUGCUGACCUUGGAGAGUUUAUAAACUUAGGUGGCUUUCUGGAUGCUUUUUUCGAGGCAUGCGUUUUCUUGUCUAUGAUACGGUUCCGUUUACAGACCAUGAAAGAUGCUCACAGGCCUGUUAAGAUUCCUCUAGUCAUACCAAUACUGAUGUUUCUAAUCAAUGUGUACUUGUUUAUCGCCCCUGUCAUCAUUGAGCCAAGUCUCCAGUACAUCUAUGUGGCAAUCAGUAUUCCGGCUUUGUCAAUCUUACUUUACGUUCCUUUGGUCUACUUUCAAAUCAAGAUACCUUUCCACGACGAGAUUGUGACAAGGGUGCAGCUGAUUUUUGAACUGUGUCCUCCAACCCAGGAGAAGUUCUAAGUUACAAUAAAAAAUAAAAUUUCAAAGUAAAGUCA